GCCUCUCUCAGAGCGAGAGUUGGUGAGGUUAAGGCGGGGAGGAUGGCGGACCCUGCACCGCAGACCCCGCCUCCCGGACUCCGACCCGCUGCCGCUCUGGGCGACCCCGAGCAUGUCUGGAGCGUGUCCUUCGUGGGCUGCGGCUUCCUGGGCUUCUACCACCUCGGGGCGACCCGCUGCCUGAGCGAGCGCGCCCCGCACGUCCUCCGCGACGCGCGCAUGAUCUUCGGUGCCUCUGCUGGGGCGCUGCACGGCGUCACCUUCCUCGCCCGCAUUCCCCUUGACCACACCCUGCAGGUCCUCAGAGACUUUAUUGAGUCUGCCAGAAGCCGGACCGUGAGCAUCCUCCAUCCGUCCUUCAACAUAGUCAGGUUCCUCCGAGAAUCUUUCCACAGACACCUCCCGGACAACGUCCACCAGCUCAUCUCAGGCAAAAUGUGCAUCUCGCUGACCCGAGUGUCCGACUGGGAAAACGUCCUGGUGUCCGAGUUUCAGUCCAAAGACGACGUUGUGGACGCCUUGGUCUGUUCCUCCUUCAUACCUUACCUCUGUGGCUUAAUCCCUCCGACCUUCAGAGGCGUGCGGUAUGUGGAUGGAGGGUUUACUAACACUGUACCCUGCUUCGAUGACAAGACGACCAUCACUGUGUCCCCAUUCCUUGGGGAGCAUGACAUCUGUCCUAAGGUCAAGUCCACGAACUUCCUGUAUAUGGACGUGUACAGGCUCAGUCUCCGCUUCUGCUUAGAGAACGUCCAGCUGAUAAGGCAAAUGGUGUUCCCCCCGGAUGUCAAGGUGCUUGCAGAGUUAUUCCUACGAGGGUAUUUAGACGCGGUCAGGUUCUUGGAAGAAAACGGCAUCUGUGACAGGCCCCGUCCGAGCCCGAGUGUGCCCUCGGCAGCGCCCGAGUUCCUUCCGUUCUCCUGGGAAACCGCGAGCCCCGAGGCUUCCCCGAGGGCGGCUGCCUGGCAGGGGAGGCCCGAGGUGGCCGAGCUGCUGGCCCACCUGCGUGUCAGCCUCCGGCCCUGGGACGAGAGCAUCCUGGAGACCCUGUCGCCCAAGCUCAUUGCGGGCCUGAGUGAGGCACUUAGACCCCGAGGUGGCUGCUGGAGCAAGAUCUGCAGCUUCCUACCGGUGAAGGUCAUGUCUUACGUGAUGCUGCCCUGUACGCUGCCCGUGGAGUCCGCGCUUGCCAUGGUCCAGAGACUGGUGCAGUGGCUCCCCGACAUUCCUGACGACGUCCAGUGGCUGCAGGCCAUAACUUCCCAGGUUUGUUCUCGACUGAUGACGCACCUGCUCCCCACGCUCAGACUUGCGGAGUCCUAGGCUGGUGGUGGAACCCCGAAGUCCAGACUGAAACAUGGCCUGGUGACAUGGCUGCUCUGAAAUCUGUACCCCGAUGCGCAGCCAGGAAGGCCUUGUUCUGGUUCCGAGGGCUGGAUCUUAUCCUGAAAAUCCUGGGUCUUGGCUUUCUCUGCUCAACGGCGGUCUCCGCACCUCCUCUGGGCUUCUGUGAGACACUGGGCACCCCUGGCCCAGUACUGGACGGGGGUGGGCACUCAGGAGGCAGGGCCUCUGUUGCUACUGUUAUUGGCAGGCAUGGGGAGUUAAAAGGGGGGGGGGCGGUGGCAAGAUUUGGUUUGCACUGGGAAUGACCACGGUGACCUUGUGGAGGAGGCUGGUCUUGGGCCCGAGUGGCGGCAGGCUCGCCAGCGAGAGGGCAGCCACCCUGGCCCAGGCACAGACCAGGAGCCUGGUCUCAGUACAGCAUGGGGUUGACAGGUGUUCAGAGGCUCCAGGGCCCAAAGGAGGUGCAAGCCCAGGAGCCUGCGGCAUCCUGAGGGAGGGGCAGCCAGGCAGGAGGCGGCAGGGCUUCAGGGGCACCCUGCCCUACCCUGCCCUACCCUGCCCUGCCCUGCCCUACCCUGCCCUGCCCUACCCUGCCCUACCCUACCCUGCCCUACCCUACCCUGCCCUGCGGGGAGCUGCUUUGUGUGGAGGAAGCUGAUGGGCUCCGUCCUGCUGUGCAGGCCAGGGGGAGGUGUCCCGGAGGCUGGGACAGCCACAGGCUGGCAGGCCGGGUGGGGACACUGGCCCAGCACCGGGGCGGCAGGGGCUGUGUCCUUCUCCAGAAGGGCACCGAGGUCAGGGCCCUUAGACGAUGGCAGUGACCUGGAAACAUAAGGGCAGCUUCCUGUCUGUUGAGCCAUGUAUCAAGGGGAUCAGGGAGCUGUUUAUAGCACAGCCUUCUCACAAGUCCAGAGCACAAGACAGGCCCUGGGCCCCAGGCAGGAGCCAGACUCCGCAGCUUGGCCUCCUGUCCGCUGCCGCCCCCCCCCCCCCCGCCCCCGCCCCCGCAGCCUCUAGCUUGCUUUCCUUUCUUCUCCGCUCCCCUCCCCACCCCCAGCCUUAGUGAGAAGGGGGACAGAGAGCUCCUUUCUCCCAGGGGGUAACUUGCUGGCAAGCGCAUGGCACUGCCCUCCAGAGGAAACGUGGGUGUCUGUUGCUCUAACACAUGCAGAUAUUACAGAGAGAAUCAGUGCUAAGGUCCAGCCCAGGCGCUGGGACAGAGGGUGGCACCUCUCCCCGACUUUGGUAAGUGUCCCGGAGGGGAGAACCAGCAAGUCCAGACAGGACACUUCUCACAGGCACACCCUUCAACAUGGAGGCGCUCCGGGGCCACUGCUGUGUGCGCCCCAUUCUCUUGAGCUGUGAUGAGCUGUGAACUAGGAGCAGGGGCGACUUGUGAUGACACAGGGUCGUUGUCCAGCACAGGGACCGCCCCCCCCCCCCCCC